AUGGCUGAUGAAAAGAGUAGUGAAAGAAACAAGAAACGUCGUGAGAGGGAUACAACAGAUCAAACGGACGAAAAUAGUGACUGGCUCCAUAUGCACUCAACCUACAAUAAUGGCGCCGAGCAACAAUGGCUGAUGAAAAGAGUAGUGAAAGAAACAAGAAAUGACUACAAUAAUCGUGGUGACAUAGUUUGCUUAUUAUGGGAAUACAACAAAUGA